AGCCCAACUAGCAUUUGAGUCUUUCCUCUUUUGGACUAGCGAUUAGCAGAGUAGAUCGAUGACAAUGGCUUCCAGGUUAACCCUUCUCAGGCGAAUCUCUAAACUUCUCCUAUCUCCUUCGCUUUCGCCUUCCCCACCCCUCCGCUCUUCUCGUCUUCUUUUUCUUCUUCGAAAUGCUUCCAGGACCAACGUUUCUCCUUGGCCAUUCGCCUCUUCUAGAAGCUUCUGCUCUGACCCUCUUAAUCUCCCCCAGGAUUCUCAUGGACCUGCUCCCAUUGAUUAUCGUUCGGUUUUGCCGGAAGAUGAAUUUCAUAGAAUAGCUAAUUCUACAAUCCAUGACCUUCAAGAAAAAUUAGAGGAAUAUGGUGAUAUUGUUGACAUGGAUGGUUUCGAUGUAGAUUAUGGGAAUGAAGUAUUGACACUAAAACUUGGGGCUCUGGGCACCUAUGUGAUGAAUAAGCAGACCCCUAAUCGACAAAUUUGGUUAUCUUCACCUAUAAGUGGUCCAUCUAGAUUUGACUGGGAUCAUGAUACUCAAGCUUGGGUGUAUCGACGAACUAAAGCAAAUUUGUUCAAACUUUUGGAAAGUGAAUUGGAGCAACUAUGUGGUGAACCAGUCAAUCUUUCAUAGACUGUUGUAGAUCCUAUGAUAUACUCACAUACUUUCAAAGCUUUGAAGCUUAUUGCACACCUCUAAAGCAGUUGAUUUUCUUCAACAAACUCUCUCUCAAGAUUCUUAAACCCCCUCCUGGGAUAUAAUUUUACCAUGUGUCAACUUGAAAUUAGAACUGAUCCCCAAUAAAUUAUGGUUCAACAAACAUGUUUUUUCACCUAACUUCUCCUGUUGUAGAAACUCCUGCUGUACUUUGUUUAAAGACCAUGACCACCUCUAAAGAAAUGGCAAGGUCAUUGGCGGUUUGAUCCUGAGUUAGUGUCAGAGGAUUGUCUGUUCACCCUCGUGAUUGUACUUAUAUUGAGAACGUGGGUGUCAUUGUUUCUUGCAACAGGUUGCCAAAUAAAGUAGCCUAAGCAACUUUAUCAA